UGCAAAUAGUUUGGUCCUUGCUAGGGCUGAUGUCACUGAACCGAGUGCAUUUAGAAUAUGCAUCUCUAUAUUCACUUCAUUUGGAAAUAGAUAGAUAAAUAUAGAGGUAAAGAAAAGAAUGGAUGAAAGGCUUUUUUCUGCUAAAUAAUUUGAGUGUCUCUUCUCUCUGUUUUAGUCAAAUACAUGAGAGUAGUUUAUAAAUUAGUUGAGCUGGAGUUGCCAAACUUGGCUGUAUAUCUGAGCAGCCUGGAUGGAAAGCCUUUGCAACUGAUAUUGUCCUCAAGCAGCUGACCAUCAGAGCAUUUCCUUCCCAUACCCAAGCCAGCAAAAUGACCACAUCCAGCAGGCAGAGCUCUUCUACGUCUAUGGUCAACAACUUGGCCAAAAUAUUUGAUCCAAACACUUUGCAAAACCAAGGGCCAGGUAAUGGAAUGGAACCUCCUCAAAUUCUUCACGUUGAGAGAAGUGAUGUCAGCACAUCUGAAAGUUUCAACAUCAUGGAUGUGAAGUUUGCCUCCCUUGAAGAGAAAAUUGAUAAACUGUUGACUCUGCAAGACAAUGUCCUUAAGAAGCUUAACAGUUUUUCCCAAGAAAUCUGUUGCAUUGGAAAAGACAUGGAGACGGUAAAGGCAGAAACAUCUGAACCUGGAUCAAGGAUGGAAAGAAACAAAAAAAUGAGAAAUAAUGAAAUGAGGAGACUUUGCCUUAAAAUGAAAAAAUCUCUUUCUGAUAUAAACAGGAAAGCUGAGCAGCAGGUUAAGAGGCUAGAUGGACUUGAACAAAGUGUUUCUGGACUACAGAAACUUGUAGGACCUCUGGUAGAAAGGGUGAAAACAUUAAUAAUUCACAAUUCAAGUGUAAAGCAUCAUGUUAAAAAACGUAAAGUUUGCAAGGCAGGAGCUGGACAUCCCUUUAGGAUGCACAUUUUCUCGGAGACAACAGCUGGUGAUCUGCUCAAGAAGAAAAAUGAAAAGGUCAUCAAAGAAAAGUCACAUUUCAAUGAAACAGAAACAAAAGAAAAGAAGCCACCAGAUUCAACAGAUGGGGACAUCCAGCAGAGUCAGUCCUGCUCCCCGGAAGAAGAAGUUGAUAAGCUCAACAAGGAAAAUGCCAAGAGGGAAAGUUCCCUUGUGCUUGAAGCGGAUCCUCCCAAGUUUCAUACUGAAGAGUCAGAAGAGAAACAAGAAAGUUUGUCUUUAGAAAGCCAUUAUGAAUAUAGGAGAAACUCUUUUCAGGAAUCCUUCACAGAAAAGCAGCAGGAAGAAGAUGCUGUUGAUGAUGCUUGUCAAAAACUAACUGUGCAGGAGAUAGAGAGUGAGUCCCCAGCAGCUGAGGAGAAGAAGGAACAUCAGGUGCCUGAAGAUGCACUUGAAAAACAACAAGAGGAGAAAGAGAGCGAAGAGAAGGAAAAUGCUGUUGAGAGUGAAAAAGAUGCUGAGGAACCACCAGCUCCUUCCCAAAAGGAAGAUGAGGCAGAACAAAGUUAUGAUGAAGAGGUACCAGAGGGAAGGUGUAAAAGCUGCGAAAAAGGUACAGGAAAUUCUAGUUCAAUCCCUGGGCAGACCUGCCAGUUUGAGCAUAGUAGUAGAAAUGAUAUUCCUACUCCACCAGCACCAUUUGAUCACCGGAUUGUCUCAGCCAAAAGGGUGGGGAUCAGCAAUUAUUAUAAUGUCAACGAGGAUGAAAUUCUGGGAGGAGGGCGUUUUGGGCAAGUGCACAAAUGUGAAGAGAAGGCAACAGGUCUCAAACUGGCAGCCAAAAUUAUAAAAGCACAAGGUCCAAAACAGAAGGAUGAAGUAAAAAAUGAAAUCAAUGUCAUGAACCAGCUGAAUCACGUCAACCUCAUCCAGCUAUAUGAUGCCUUUGAAUCUAAAAAUGAUAUUGUACUCGUCAUGGAAUAUGUGGAAGGAGGAGAGUUAUUUGACCGAAUUAUUGACGAAAACUACAAUUUGACAGAGAUGGAUACAAUCUCGUUCAUAAAACAGAUCUGCAAGGGAAUUCAGUACAUGCACCAAAUGUACAUUCUUCAUUUGGAUCUCAAGCCUGAGAAUAUCCUGUGUGUGAACCGAGAGGCAAAUCAAAUAAAAAUUAUUGAUUUUGGAUUGGCAAGAAGAUAUAAACCCAGGGAAAAACUUCGAGUUAACUUUGGAACUCCAGAAUUUCUUGCUCCUGAAGUUGUGAAUUAUGAGUUUGUCUCUUUUCCUACAGACAUGUGGAGUUUAGGAGUCAUUGCUUAUAUGCUCCUCACUGGAUUGUCUCCUUUUUUGGGUGAUGAUGACAAUGAGACCCUCAACAAUAUCCUGGCCUGUAACUGGGAUUUUGAAGAUGAGGAAUUUCGAGAUGUUUCUGAUGAAGCCAAAGAUUUCAUAUCAAAGCUUCUCAUCAAGGAAAAAUGCUGGAGAUUAAGUGCAACUGCUGCCUUAAAACACCCAUGGUUAACAGACCACAGGCUCCACUGCAGACUCCAGAGAAAGGCUAAAGGUGACCGUGUGUCUCAAGCACCCCUGGCUAAAUAACCUCUCUGAAAGAGCUGCCAAACAGAAGAAAAGCUGCUGUGUGGUUACUGCUGCUAAGAGAUUUGAAAAUAUCAGCUGUCUCGGUGCUUUAAACCCCUGCCAUGACUGAGACUUCUACUAAAUGGACCAACAGCACUUUAGUUGCAGGACAAGUCCCAGCAUUGUGGAGCUGCUUCUCUAUUCAGCUGUUAAAAGAAAGAAAGUAUUUCUCUGUGUUGCAGGAAUGUGUUUCUUCUGAAGCAGCAUGUUCUCCAUGCCUGCAAGUGCUACAUUAGCUUGGUUUCAUAAUGAACUUUUCUCUAUCUAGUCUUAUGCCCUCAUUUACUUAUCAAAGGCUCCUUAAAGUUUAAAUUAUCAUGUAAAAUGAACUGUUUCUCAACUGAGCCCAGAAGGCAAUCUGUCACUAUGUUAUAUCUGUAGCCAAGGUUCCUUUGACACUAGAGUCUAAUAAUUAAAAAAUAAAACCCAAAACCAAAAAAAUUGCAGCAAAUUGAAAGCUGCCUUUGGUAGAAGAUUUGACGUUGUUUUUCCUGUCACACUAAAAUGAGUUAAGGGUUUGCUCAACCAGAGUUAAAGCCAUGUUAAUGUAACAGCAGUGGAAGAAAGAAAUGAGGCUUUCCCUGUGUGCAGGUGAAUUUGCUGUAACUGUGGUACAGUACAUUUCAGGAUUUUUCAGCCUGAUGAAUUACUGCUCACUGUAAAUACACUUGGAUUAAUUAAACAAGGAAGAGAACAAGGCACUAUUCACUCGUACCCAUGCAGACCCUGUUCUCCAAAAUGCAAAUAUAAUUCAGAAUUAUUUUAACAGAGUGUGAUUUUAUAUCAGCUGAUCUGUUUAGUGCUAAUUUAACUGGUUAGGACCACGGGCAAAGAGGGGAGUCAGUGCUUUGCUCAUUAUAACCUCUGAGUACAGGCUCAAGUAAAAAUCCUCUGUAUUUCUAGUUUUCUCAUCUUGCUCCCAAGCCUUUCUGAUUCUUAACUAGGUAAAAAAAAUAGGAGUCAGAACAGUUGAAUUCUUCACCUGAAAUUUUUUUAUUAUGGCUCAUCAUUAAGUGAAUCUAAGUUGCCAAGGCUCUGAAGUUAAAAUAAUGAGACUUUCUGCUGUAUAUGGCUUUCUUACUGCUUGGUUUCAGAACUACAUAAAUGCAAAUUGUAAUGAGUAUUUUAUUUAAUCAUGCUGCUGUGGUGUCUUUACAUUGUCUUUGCUUAAUCCAGUUCUGAUCAAACCACAUAUUAUCAUAGCUAUCUCUAUAUAUUUAUCUAUGCAUUUCAUAUGUUUAUAUAUUUAAGUUCUGUCUUUUUUAAAAAGGGAUCAACAUAAAGACAAAACAGUUUUAUUUAUCACCACGCAAUGAAUUGCUUCUCACACCUUUGUCCUUUCUGGAUAGCAUUAAUUUUGAAAUGAAAAGGGGCCCAUUAAUGGGACAUCAUGGCCAUCACACUCUCUACAGCCAGUUUGAUCCAAUGUUUUAAAAUUAUUGUAGGACAUCCCUUAAGACUGCUCCUGUAAAUGAACUGGGCUUCUUACAACUGUGACAUCUUAGUAAUACUGAUGUGUUGCACCAGAGUUUGCAAAUACUGCUAUCACACACUGACACACCAUGUAGCUUUUAUAUGAUAUAGAGCACUGCUGCCUUCAAAUCCUCAUCUGUAGUCUUUACUGAAGUAAACUUUGCCAAGCAGAAAUGGAAGUUGCUUUGGGAAAAGACUGAGCGGUCUCAAAGCAGAAAAAUGAGAAUGUAACUUCUAGGUAGAAGCUGAGCUGCUUGUUUUUAGUCACCAUUUAUAUUUGUCUGGUCAAAAUGAAUAGAAAAGUUGCCUUUCUGUUAGGGCUGGAGUUCCCACUCCGGUUCUGACUGUCUUCAAGAUAUUGUAGCUUCUUGUACAGUACACAACUCAAUGAUCAGACUAAAAUGCAACAAACCAUUCUGGAAUCACAGGAUCUCAUUAUGCACUUUAGUGCCAUUGUAGAAUUGGAUCAGGGUUUUGUUUUUCCUUUGGUAGAUUUUACAUGGAUAAAUUGCAUGUAAUUUUGAAUCUUAUUAACUAUACUAAAAUAAUAGUGUGACUACAGUCUUAUCUACUUUGUUGCUCAGUUGAAUUCAGAGGAUUUAUUAUUUGUUGAUAUAUCCAUCUGAGUAGUAAUUAAGAGCUUAGUGCCAUGAAGAUCAGCCCAGUGUAAGAGUGUGUUGCACCGAAUCAACCACAAAUCCUCCAGGAGCUGUAGGAAAAUGUGGCCUCUGCUGAGAACAUCUCCCAAGUUGUACAGUGCUCUGUCAGAAAUAGGAAUGCAUGGGAGGAUAGAAGAGCUAGACAUAUUUCCUCCACCUUGGGAAUUUAGGCAUGAGUUGAGGAGGGUACCCCUCAGCAGCCUCUGGCUUGUGCUACUGGGCAGUGUGCUAACACAAUUAAGGCAUUUAACUUCCACUCUUCAUAGCAAGGAUAAUGGUGGUCCCACUCUGGAGUCUUGUCUGUAAAUUGUCCCACUGUUUCAUUCUUAGAACAGCUCCUGCAGCAGAGGCGGAAUUUGAGGGAGGGCCAGUCAGAGGAGGUUGGACUCUGACAAGUCUCUGCAGUGACUGAAGCUGCCAUUUGGUGCCCAGGGUUAACCCCAAGUGGGCUGCAGAUGUCCAGUGGAGGAGGAAAGAAUCCCAAGUGCACUUCUACUUUUUGCUCCCCAGGUGCUGGAUCUGCAGCACUGAGUCAAAAGGGAGGUACCUUACCUAGGGCCUUACUGUCACCAAGGGCAAAAUAUUAUACUGCUGUGUAAUCAUCACUGCUGUGUAUAGCAAUGUGCCUGAGAAAAAUGUCUCCAGAGAUGUUCAUUUGUGUCUUGUAUCCACCUCAACAUGAGAAAGACCUUCUUUAUAUUGAGGGUGGCAGGGCACUGGAACAGGCUGCCCAGGGAGAUCAUGGAGUCUCCCUCUCUGGAGAUGUUCCAAACGCCCCUUGAUGUGUUCCUGUGUCAUCUGCUUUAGGUGACCCUGCCUUGGCAGAGGGGUUGGACUGGAUGAUCUCAGAGGUCCCUUUCAACCCUAAAAAUUAUGUAAUUCUGUGAUUCUGAGAUCUUUCCUGGCUGUUGUAAUUUUAGUAAAUAAUAGCUUGGGACAGAUUCUUUUUAGUGGCUUCCUAAUUGUGUCUCAUUUCACAUUGAGCAGCAUGCUGUUUUGUGUGUGUGCUCACAUAGGCAAGUCUGAUUUGCAUUCUGUUUUACUAUGCCCUACCUCUGGAAACAUUCUAGGGUGAGUUGGACAGGCCUGUAAGCAACCUGAUCAAGUGGGAGACCUCAUUUCUCAUUGCAGGAAGGUUGGACUAGAUGACCUUUAAAGGUCCAGUCCAACUCAAACUAUUCUAUGAUUCUAUGAUUUUAUGAUUUAAGAAUGCUCUGUAAUGACUAAUAGCUAAGUCCUGCUGUGUUAAAUAAUUGUUUUGACACAUCAUCAUUUAUUUUCUGCCAGGUCCUAAUAAUACUAAGGCUACUAGGGUGUAAUAAGUCACCUACAUCUGUGUGAGUUUGUUAUAAUUAUUGCUACAUAAUGGCUUAUGUGAUUGCAUUUGGAAACUGUGAAUUGCUGUGCUUGUGAGCAGGUUUAGCUGGGUGUGAAAGGCACUGUUCUAGCUGCUUUUAUUCCAUUUUGCUGUAUACUCAUGGUCAGACAGGGAUGACUGCAGGUACCUCAAGAGUGGUAUACAAACAUCAGUUGCAGUGGGAGGGAUGAAGUGCCCAGAUGCAGAGCUUGUCUUGUGGGUUCUUCCUGACAUGUAAAAAUUAAAAAAUAAAAUCCUGGGAACAUGACAAGUAUCACCUGACACUCAUAAGAAUCAGGACACUGUCAUUCCCACUCCUAUAGAGGCAGCAGGUAUACUGGAUGCCAGACAUGCUGGUGUAGUCUAAGACUGACAUCAAGAUUAGAAGCAAAUAUACUUGGCACAAGAUGGGACACAAGUGGUGUUUCAACUGCUUUUAUAUAUUGUACAUCCUGAAGAUUAUGAAAUGGGUAAAAACCUCUUCUGCAGAAAGAUCUCCAUGCUAUCAUGUCCAUGUUUGUGAACACCUGCAGCCAGUCACUCCUCUGGGUACCCUCACAGCAUAAGCAGUUGGCAACCUGGACAAUCCACUCUGGAGAUUACAAGAGCAGCUGCUUUUUAAUUUUGUUUUUAUAUUACCUCUAAUGUCAGAAGCUGAUAAAGUUAAAGCCAAACUAAAUUCUUGAUUCCAACCAGGAAUAGCAGGGUAGCUCACAGAAAUAAAUAAGGGAAGUGCUAUAUUCACCUUUUGUGAUGUGAGUAGUAGAAGAGCCCAGUUUAGCCACCCCACCUUCCUGCCAAAAAUAUCUACUUUGCACCAGUCCUGAUCAAUAAAAAUGAAAGGAAUCUUAAUCUUUUUAACACUGAAGGAAUCUCAAUCAAGAAACAGUUUUUCUGCAGCAGUUAAAUUGCUGCAGUAAAAGUCAAGUUGUUUUAGCAUUUUCAGUUUAAUGCUGACACUAUAAAUCAGUGACAGCCUCUUUCAGCAAAACGGCCCCCACGAGGAGCUCUGAGAAACGAAGGUGUUUGUCAGCUCUUCUCCACUGAUGAGAAUCUGGGAGCAUUGGAUUCCGUUCCUCUGGAUCCAGUGAGCAGGGCAGUUCUUAGCGUUUGGACUUUUGAUACGUAGUAAUCAAAAUGGAUGAAUGAGAGGAUGAUGCAUCUUCACACACUACUUUUAUCCCCAAUACAUACUUGUUCUUGUGUCUUCUGUGAAUAAAAGUAAACACUGCAUGAAUCUGUUUAGGAAUGCUAGACUGUUUCACCUUCCGUGAAGGCUUGGUAGCUGAACAGCUAACUACCUGUUUCAAACUUAGAUGAAGACUGGUAGAGAUGGUGCUUUGUAAAUAUGUUGUUUAGCUGCGUCUGUAGAGUUGGUGAUCUCCUUUUGGUGUGGCAGAACUAAUGUUUGUGUACCCCACGGCAACUUCCCUUGAAUUUAGAGGACAGGCAUGUGGCAACUAAAUCAUGAAGCGUGUGGAUUUUCAUGUACCUUAUCACUUUGGUUUGCAUACCUGGUUUUGUAGAUUAACUCAUGUAUCUCUGGUAUGUGUUCUUUUGUGAAAACCAUGACGCAAUCUUGUAAAAAGAUGAAUAAGGAAUAAAUGCUGAUUUUGUUUACUCCA